UAUUAAUUUAUUUUUUAUUGUAAAUAAUAUAAAAAGAAUGUAAUAUUAUAAAAUAGAAUAAAAUAAAUCCAUGAGAUAUUAAAAAUUAAUUGGUUUUUUAAAACAACAGAAAUAAAGAUGUAGUUCUAAAAUAUUGCGUAAAAUUUUAGAAGAUAUUUUAUAUUAGAAAUAUAUUUUAUAAUUAUUUUAGAAUUAAUACAUGGCGUUAUUUACAUAUGGGUAUCGUAACAGUAUUAUGUGUGGCAUUGUCUUCUUUAAUUAUAAACUUCAGAAAUAGAAAAUUAACGUUUAAAGCUUGGUUGCCAUUUGAUUAUUCGUCGGAAAUACUUUUUUACAUAACGUUUACUCAUCAACUGAUUAGCAUUGUUGCUGCAGUGUUCGUAAAUGUUGGUUGCGAUACUCUCAUCUGCGGAUUAUUGGUCCACAUUUGCUGUCAAAUUGAGAUUUUGACGUAUCGUCUAAGAAAAAUUAUGUCUUAUUCAAAUAUUCUUCGCGAUUGCAUUUAUCAACAUUAUCAUAUUUUCAGAUUUGCUGUUAUUGUAAAUGCAAAGUUUAAAUUGACCAUUACUAUACAAUUUGUAAUGAGUACAGUGAUAUUAUGCUUUAGCCUUUAUCAUUUAAGUAGAACAACAUCCAAAGCUAAAUAUCUUGAAACAACAUUAUAUAUAUGUUGCUUUUUAACACAACUUUUUAUAUAUUGUUGGUAUGGGAACGAAGUAAAGGUAAAGAGCUAUGAAAUAAUUGAUAAAAUUUUCGAAAUAGAAUGGUUGACAUUAGACGAAGAUAGUAAGAAAGCUCUAAUAAUGAUAAUAAGACGAGCACUUGUGCCUAUUCAGAUUAUGUGUACUUAUACUAUUCCUAUGAAUCUCAAUUCCUUCAUGAAUGUUAGUAUAAAUAUUACUGAAACUAAUUUUGUCAACAAAUUUCAUUUUCAUAUAUACUUAAAUUUCUUUAUAUUUAAACAGAGAUAUAUACAUGGUAUAUAGAUAUAUAUUAUAUUAUUAAAAUAUUUUAUAAAUUUAAAGUAAAUUUUUAAUUAAUUAAUAAAUUGAAAUACGUAGCUUAUUAAUUAAAUUGGAAACAGUAUAAAUAAAUUCAACAUUAUAUAAAUUUAAUGUUAACGUUUAAAGUUGUUGUUGGCGGAAUUAGCUGCAAACUUAUUAAUUACUAAAUUUAUUAAAAUAUAGAUUAUAAAUGUCUAUAUUCUA